CCAGGGAUCAGCGGGAAAAGGAGCAGGAUCAGCCUGGGAUUUCGGAGGAGGGGGUUGGAGCUGCCUUGAAUUUGGGGAAAAGGGCUGGAAGUGAUCCUGGAUCCGCAGCAGAGGGGCUGGGAUCUGCCUGGAAUUUUGGGAGAGGAGCGGGAAUCUGCCGUGAAUUUGGGACAAAGAGGCUGGAGUCUGUCAGGGAUCAGUGAGAAAGGGGCUGGAAGUUGGGAAUGCUGGAAGUUGGGAAUGCUGGAAGUUGGGAAUGCUGGAAGUUGGGGUGUUCCGGGAAUGCUUCGAAUCCCAAAAUCCCAGAUCCAACUCGGGGAUGUUGCUGAGGGAAUUCCGAGGCUGGAGAUGAAUCCUGACAGGGAAUAAUCCCUCUUUUUAUCCUGGAUUCUCGGAAUUCUGGGAUACUUCGGAGUGGGAAGGAGCUCAGGGAUCAGCCAGGGCUAUUCCUGCUAUCCCAGGUUUUUCCAGGCUGGCCUUGGACAUUCCCAGGAAUUCCUGGGAAUUCUCUGCUGCUCCCUCUCCAGUUUUUCCCACAGAUCCCAAACUUUUCCAGGAUUUUCCCACUCUUGAUCCAACCAGAGGCUCCUUCCUGAGAAUCCCGAGCCUUAAUGCAGCAGGAAUUCCAAAAUUCCACGAUUUCCAUGGGAAAUCCAAGGAAUUCCAGCUCUCCUGGAUCCUUGGAGCUCCCCGGGAAGAGCGGCCGGGGCAGCUCCGAAUUCCAAAGGAUUUUCUGGGAUUUUCCCAGAUCCUCUUAGGCACGAAGAGCUCCGGGAUCCUCGGCUCCGGCUCAUCCCAGCGGGACCCCAUGACCUUCCCUGACGGGCGCUCACCAUGAGCGAGGACUCAUGCCGCACCCGCAGCCAGAAGCGCGCCCUGGAGCGGGAAUCGGAGCCGGACAAUAAAAAACUCAGGAUGGACAAAGGAAUCCCGGGAUCCGACCUCGGCGCCGAGGGCGACGCGAAAAUCAGAGCGGAUCCCGGGCCCGGGAAAAUCCCGGGAAUGCUGAAAAGUGGGGAGGUGAAAGCCACCAUCAAAGUGGAGCUGCCGGCCGGGGACGAGCCCGUGGACAUGAGCACGUCCAAAGGGGAUUCCCGGCGGGAGCGCCGCGUUCCCUCCCCGGACGUCAUCGUGCUGUCGGACAACGAGCCCUCGAGCCCCCGCGUGAACGGGCUGAGCCGCGCCGGCAGCCCCGAGCCCGGAGCGCCGGCACUGCUGCGGAGCCCGGAGCAGCGGGAGCGCCUGAUCAAGCAGCUGCAGGAGGAGCUGCGGCUGGAGGAGGCCAAACUGGUGCUGCUCAAGAAACUCCGGCAGAGCCAGAGCCAGAAGGAAACGCCGGCGGCCAAGCUUUCCUCGGGCCCCUCUGGAAGCGCUGCGGCCACGCCCCCGCCCUUGGUGCGGGGUCCUCAGGCUGUUCCCGCUGGGAAAACUUCCCUCCAGCCCUCUUCCAGCCGCAUUCCAGGCUCUGGAAUUCCUCCCCCGCUGCUCCGGGGGGGCCAAGGCGCCGCCUCCAAGCUGGGGUCGCAGCAGAGCCCCCAGAUCGUGAUGCCGCCCUUGGUCCGAGGGGCCCAGCAAAUCCACACGAUCCGGCAGCACUCCGGCACGGGCCCGCCGCCGCUGCUGCUGGCGCCGCGCGCCUCCGUGCCCUCGGUGCAGAUCCAGGGCCAGCGGAUCAUCCAGCAGGGCCUGAUCCGCGUGGCCAACGUGCCCAACGCCAGCCUGCUCGUCAACAUCCCGCAGGCGUCCCCCACGUCCCUGAAGGGCUCGGCGGUGCCCUCAGCCCAGGCCGGCGCUGUCCCCGCGGGCUCGGCGGCGCUGGCGGGCAGCGGCGACGCCCCGGGCAGCCGGCAGGCCGCCGCCAAGCUGGCGCUGCGCAAGCAGCUGGAGAAGACGCUGCUGGAGAUCCCCCCGCCCAAACCGCCCGCGCCCGAGAUGAACUUCCUGCCCAGCGCCGCCAACAACGAGUUCAUUUACCUGGUGGGGCUGGAGGAGGUGGUGCAGAACCUGCUGGAGACUCAGGGGAAGGUGGCGGUGGCCGUGUCCUGCCGGGAGCCCUACCUGUGUGCCCAGUGCCACACGGACUUCACGUGCCGCUGGCGGGAGGAGAAGAACGGCACCAUCAUGUGCGAGACCUGCAUGGCCUCCAACCAGAAGAAGGCCCUGAAGGCCGAGCACACGAACCGGCUCAAGGCCGCCUUCGUCAAGGCCCUGCAGCAGGAGCAGGAGAUCGAGCAGAGGAUCCUGCAGCAAACGGCUCCUCCCGGGCAGCCCAAGGCCGAGCCCGUGGGGCAGCACCACGCGCUCAAGCAGAGCUCCAGCCAGAUGUCCCGAGGUGCCGGCGCUUCCCGAGGGGUCCUGCACGCCUUCAGCCCCUCGCCGAAGCUCCAGAGCUCCUCGGGCAGCGCCGCCCUCGGGAGCCGGCCCGGGAAACACGCGGAGAGAUCCGGCAGCAAGGGCAGCGCGGGCGCCUGGAAGAAAAAUCCCAUCAACACAGGUGGGGCCCUGCCCUUCGUCAGCCCCUCUCUGGCCGUGCACAAAUCGGCCUCAGCCGUGGACCGGCAGCGCGAGUAUCUCCUGGAUAUGAUCCCGCCCCGCUCCAUCCCACAGUCGGCCACGUGGAAAUAAUUCCCAAGGGAGAACUUUUCCAGGCUCUGCCAUCCUUUCCUUGGGUUUUUGGGUUUUUUUUCUGUUUUUUUUUUCUACCACAAUUCCGUGGAAUCUGCUUUAAUCCCAGCUGGAUAACGCCCCGAGGCUUCCUAGGAUGCGACACCACCACUCCUCAUCCGUCCCUGCCGGGAGAAGCGACCGCGCUGGGGUGGCCGAAUCCCGGCUCCGUUGGCUCCCAGAUUUUUCAUGGAAGCUGGCAGGGAAAGGGGGAAGAAUUCCUUAGAAGAAAAAAAAAAAAUUUUUUUUUUUUUUUUUUUUUUUUUUUUUUGGCUUUUUCCGUGUUUAGUUUUGGAAUUUUUUUGGCACCAGCACAAAAAACAAGACAAAAACAAAAAGGACUCAGCGACUCCUCUCUGCCUUCGCCGACGCCGAACGUUUCUGCCGGGAGCGCUCCGGAAUUCCGGAAUUUUGGGGCGUGGAGAGAGGAAUUCCAGCCCCAUCCUGCGUCCAGUGAGCCGACUUCGUGGCUGCUCCUUUUCCCUGCUCCUCCUCCAGCCGGGAAAGCAGGCGGCACGUCCCGAUAUUCCCAAAAUUCCGACGAUUCCGUGAAAAAGCCGCCGCAAACGAACGAGAAGUGCAAAUUCCCGAUGCCGGCUGAGAAUGGCUUGGUUGGGUUUUUCCCCGCAGGGAUCGGCCGGGAAGCGGGGAUUGCUGCGGGAGAUUCCCACUUCCCGUUUUCCUUGGAUUCUGGGUGGAACGGACCUCGGAACCGUUGGAAGUUUUCCAGACCCUGCAGUUCCCGAGAGACACAAACCGCCCUGGUUCUUUCUCAUCCCGCGAGUUUUGGGCCUUCCCGACGUUCCCAGAGACUCCAAAGCGAAACUUUUUUGGGAAUUUUUUUUCUCCUUUGGGAGGGUUGGUUGGGUUUGUUUUGUUGUUUUUAUUUUUUUCCUUUUCUGUUGUUGUUUUGAGGGAUAUUAUUCCAAAAUUUCUAGGAAUUCCAGAAGCUGAUGCAGGCAGGGAGGGUUGGGAGCCAUUCCCGAUUCCCACCGGGAAUUCCGGCCGUUCCCAAUCCUUCCCUCCGUGAGUUGAGUUCUUCCAGGCAUCCCAAGCAUGCUCCUGUAUCCAUUUGGGAUGGAAUUUUCCAUCUUUUUUUUGGGGAAUUCCAGAGGUUCAACCCAAAAUCCAUCCGUGGCCAGUUUGGUUUCAUUUUGGUUUCUCAUCCUCUUUUUUCCUUGGGCUUCUUCCCGAAUUCCAGGCGAAUCCAAGGGGCAGAAUUCCAGGCCUUAUUCCGGUGAUAAGAAUUCUUUGGGAAAAUUUUGGGGAAUUUUCUUGGGGAAAUUAUAAAUAUGUAUAAUCUAGAGAUCUAUAUAUUAAAACAAAAAAAAAAGGGGGGAAGAAAAUUCAGGAAAAGCCGGAUUUAUUUUCUUAGGAAUCGCUGAAGCCAAGAAUUCCUUCGGGAUCAUCCCCUCGGAUCCGAGUGACAGAACCUCUCCCUUUUCCUGCUUUUCCCGGCGUUUCGAUAUUUAGGGAUUUAGCUUAGGAAAGAACCCCAAACCCGGCUCGUUUUCCAAACUGGGAUUUGUGGGAUAAAACCCCCGGAGUUCCCACCCGGAUUUGGGGGUUUUCCGUAGGGAUGUGAAGAGCUCAGGUGUUGGGAAUUGGGUUGGAAUUUUGGAAUUUGGAGUUUUUCUUUUCAUUCCAAGCCUGGAUCGGGAGAGAUGCUGCCAGGGGGACGAUGUGGAAUUCCUUAAAAUUCCAUUGGAUUUCAUGGAAAAGUUGCUGUUCCUUUCCCAGGUGGAAUUUUUGGGGGGUUGGUUUGGGAGGAUUUUCCUCUCCGGGUUUUUUUCCUCAUGGAUGCAAACGUUUGGAAAAAGUUCGUUUAAAAAUUCCCAACAAAAUUCCUCCGAUUCAAAUCCAAUAUUUGGGGGGGAGGGGAGGAUCCUGGUUCGUUUAUUCCCGGUGUUUGGAUGAUUCCUGAAAAAAAACAAAACAGGGAAUGAAAGAGGAGCAGAAGGAUUCAAUGGGAUAAAAACCAACGUCAAAACUUUUUGGAUCCCAGCAGAAUUCCCUUGGAAAUUGGAAUUUCAGCCAAGUCUGGAUCGUCAGAGUAAUCAGGAAUGUUGGAAUUGAAGGAUUUGGAAUUAAAAAUCCAAACAAAUCUCUGUGUCCAGCCUUCAGAAUAUUCCAUCUCGAUUCCUUUUUUUUUUUUUUUUUUUUUUUUUUUUUUUAAUGCAGAAU